AUGGAUAACGCAACGGCUUCGGCUGCGGUUCCUGCUCACCCGUACUACCCCAUCGUUGCGCCGCUAUGGCACUACACCGUCAACCAGACCCCCGUGGCCAUGCUGCUCAUAGCUUUCGGCGGCAUCCUCGCGCUCUGCGUCUCCAUGGCUGUGGUGAGCGCUAAGAGGGCUCUACCCAGUCUUUCGAAGGCCGACCAGCUUACCGUUGCAUGGUUUGCGCUCUCAUACUUUAUUAUCUAUCAUGAGAGUCUCGCAAGUCUCCAGACCCUCUUCGGCCAACUCUGGAAAGAGUAUGCCCUCUCCGACUCGCGCUACCUGACUUCCGACCCAUUCAUGCUCUGCGUCGAGUCCUUCACAGUGGUGAGUCUGAACCUCUCCCAUGGCCACAUCGCCGCAUUAACAAGCAACCAGUUUGUCUGGGGUCCCCUUUGCUGGGCCAUCGUCAUCUCUAUCGCCAAGCGGAGCCACUUUCGCUACCCGCUCACGAUCAUCAUGUGCGUCGGCCACCUGUACGGCGUCGCGCUUUACUACUCGACCAGUCUCACCGAGUACUACUUUAACGGUGUGUCGCACAGUCGACCAGAGUUCUUGUAUUUCUGGGUCUACUACAUUGGGUUCAAUGGCCCCUGGGUCGUGGUUCCUGCGCUUUUGCUUUACCAGAAUGUGAUGCACAUCAAACGCAGGUUGGAGAGCGGCGAGAAAUCUGAGUGGCUUCUAGAUCAGCUCAGAGGCGUCACUAAGACUAAGAAGAGUGCGUAA